AAAAUGUUAAUUGUAAUUUGUUGUGCAAAGUAAUUUAUUCUACUUAUUUAUUUAGUCAAAAUGCCUGGAGCUUUACGAUCAGUCAAGACCUUAGCAGAAUAUUUCAAACUUGCCAAAGGUUUUGACCAAUGCCUCAACAAACUAACCCUAAUAAGUGCUGAAAAGGAAGGUAAAUGUGUCGUUGAAUUCACCGUUGACAAAGAGCAUGUAAAUGCUGCUGGAAACCUACAUGGGGGCUUCACUGCUACCCUAGUCGAUGUUGUGUCCACCUUUGCUUUAGUUGCUGCUGAAAAACCACCCGGAGUAUCUGUAGAUAUACAUGUCAGUUACCUGAAAGGAGCCACACUUGGUGAACAAAUCGUUGUUGAAGCCAACACUCGAAAAGCAGGGAGGACGUUAGCAUUUUUGGAUGUCGAGCUGUUUAAAAAAGAAUGUAGAGAGAUUAUAGCUAGAGGCAGUCAUACCAAAUUUAUCGGCAGUUGAAUUUUGUAAUUGUAGAUAAAGAUUUUUAUACUAA